UUUAGUCUAUCACCGUCUUCGGAGCGAGGUGGUAGUGGUAGUAUGUUCACAUUCCGGGCGUGAACAUACCAGAUUUAUAAGUCGACACGACACGAUGAUGACUCUGAUGACGACACCCAAAUCGCACUAUUGCUUCUUCAUCCCUUGAGCGAGUCGAUACCGGAACUGUCUAUUCACACGUUUGUGUUAACGUUAUUAUCAUUGUUUACGAUUGUCGGCCAGAGGGUGAACUAUGCGGUUGUGUGGAAAGUGGGGCGCGAGUUAGUUGGCAAUCGGGUGGUCGAAGAGUUAGUUUCGUCGCGACCGUGGUGCGGAAAUGUUGUUUUCGCCCCGGAAAUUCGAAUCUACAUAGCGCUCAAGCGAUGAGGUAAAGACCGUUUUUGAAUGGGAAAAAUCGCGAUGAUGGCUUUGGGACUACUCGUGGUGUGUUUAGUGAGUUGUGUUUUCGGUAAUGACGCUCCUCCGACGGACUCCUCCUCGCAACCCCUACGAUACGAAGCCCCCGACGACUGCCAGUGGUGGAUCCGCGAGUCCGCUGUGACCGGCGGCCAAGACGAAGUGGCCUUAACGUGCAAUCUGAGGACCAUCAACAGCGAAUUCGACACGACCAAUUUUAGUGUCAUCCCUUCCGAGCACACCACUUCCCUCCGGAUCGAGUGCAAUGCGGAAAUCAUGUCCCGGAGCAGUUUGGACGACCGGAGUUUCGUCCAUUUGACGAAAUUGAGGGAGCUCGAAUUGGAGCACUGCAAAUUGGGCAGAUGGCCGGCCGGCACUUUGCUGGGUCUGCGGGACCUCCGGAAUCUGACCGUCCGGACGCACAACACCGAUUGGCCGGCGAUGAAUCUCGACUUCGCCAAGGAUAGUUUCGCUCCGGUGAGGCAACUGGAGCGGCUGGAUUUAAGCUGUAACAACAUUUGGUCGUUUCCGGAGAAUAUUUUCUGUCCACUGAUCAACCUGGUGGGUCUCAACGUGAGCGAGAACCGGCUGCAGGACGUGAGCGAUUUGGGGUUCCGGGAGAAGGCCCCCGGACUCCCGCAACCGCUGAUCAGCGUCGCCGAGGACGAUCAGCCGCAUCGUGCCGAAACAGCACGCACGUUCGCACAUCCUUGCAGUUUAGACAUACAGGUACUUGACACGUCUUUUAAUCAUUUCGUUUUGAUUCCGGCGAACGGGUUCAGUGCGCUCCGGCGGCUCCGGGAACUCUAUAUCCACAAUAACGAGAUUUCGAUGGUGGCGGAUCGCGCCAUCGCCGGACUCAAAGCUCUGCAGAUAUUCGAUCUCUCCAAUAAUAAAGUAGUCGCGCUGCCGUCUGAACUUUUUAAAGACUGUUCUACUUCGAUUAAAGAAAUCUACCUUCAAAAUAACUCGAUCAGUGUGUUAGCCCCUGGACUGUUUUCGAAUCUCGAACAACUUUUAGCGUUGGACCUUUCCAAAAACCUUUUGUCGAGUUCGUGGAUCAACUCUGAGACUUUCGCCGGUCUGAUCCGCUUAGUACUUCUGAACUUAUCAUAUAAUCGCAUAACGAAAUUAGAACCGGCUUUCUUUAGGGACCUGUACACGCUUCAGAUCCUCAAUUUGGAGCAUAAUUCCUUAGAAACUAUACCAGCCGACACGUUUGCUCCCAUGAAUAACUUACACACGUUAAUUAUUUCCUAUAAUAAAAUCACGUACCUCGACGCAUACUCGCUAAACGGGCUGUACGUUCUGUCUCUGCUGGCGCUUGAUAAUAAUCUUCUCGAGGGAAUUCAUCCUGAAGCUUUCAGAAACUGUUCCAGUUUGCAGGACUUGAAUUUGAACGGUAACUCACUGAAAGCCGUGCCGCUAGCGCUCAAAGAUAUGCGCCUACUGCGUACGGUGGAUUUAGGCGAAAACUUGAUCUCUACCCUCGAGGAGCCCGGUUUUCGGGGCAUGAGUAACUUGUACGGCUUGAGGUUAAUCGGAAAUCAGCUUCAGAACAUCAGUAAACGCGCAUUCAACGAUUUACCCGCAUUACAAAUUUUAAAUCUCGCCCGCAACAAAAUCCAGAGGGUGGAAAGAGGCUCCUUCGAGUCGAGCCCCAACCUCCAGGCGAUCCGUCUCGACGACAAUCUCCUCACGGAUGUCGACGGAUUGUUCACCAAUAUUCCGAGCUUAUUGUGGUUGAACAUAUCUGAUAAUCAAAUCGAACGGUUCGAUUACUCGCUCAUACCGAGGGGACUCCAGUGGCUCGACAUGCACAAAAACAACGUCCGCGAGCUCGACAAUCGCAAUAAUUUAGAGAUGCAACUGCGAUUGCAGACUUUAGACGCCAGUUUUAACAAGUUGACGAGGAUAAACGCGGCCGCCGUGCCCGCCAGCAUCGAACUGUUAUUUUUGAACGAUAAUCUCAUCACGAUUGUCGAACCGCACACUUUCUUUAAGAAGACAAACUUGACGAGAGUCGAUUUGUACGCGAAUCAGAUUGUUAGCAUGGAUUUGAACGCUUUGAGGUUAACUCCGGUGGAUCCGGAGCGACCGUUACCGGAAUUUUAUAUCGGGGGUAAUCCCUUUCAGUGCGACUGCACUAUGGAGUGGCUGCAACGCAUCAAUAAAUUGGACCAUUUGCGUCAACACCCUCGCGUUAUGGAUUUGGAGAGCAUUUACUGCAAGCUCUUGUACAAUCGCGACACGAAUUAUCUCCCGCUGAUGGAAGCGGAGUCGUCGCAAUUUCUUUGCACCUACAAAACGCACUGUUUCGCUUUGUGCCACUGUUGCGAUUUCGACGCGUGCGAUUGCGAGAUGACCUGUCCCACGAACUGCACCUGUUACCACGAUCAGUCUUGGUCCGCUAACGUGGUCGAGUGCUCCGGAGUGGGUUACACGGAGAUGCCCAGCAGAAUUCCGAUGGACGCGACCGAAGUGUAUUUGGACGGAAAUAAUUUCGGAGAGCUGUCCAGUCACUCGUUCAUCGGAAGGAAAAAUUUGAAAAUUCUUUACGCGAACAAUUCGAACAUCGCAGCGGUUUACAACCACACGUUUAGCGGCUUGCGUCGAUUAACGAUUUUGCAUUUAGAGAACAAUAAAAUAAAGGAACUGUUGGGGUUCGAGCUGGCAACUUUGGAAAAUCUGCGGGAAUUGUAUUUGCAAGGGAAUAUGAUUCAUCACAUCGACAAUAGAACGUUCUUGGAGUUAAAGCAGCUGGAAGUCUUACGUUUGGACGGGAAUCGUUUGAAUUCUUUCGAGGUUUGGCAAUUUGCACUAAAUCCAUAUCUAGUGGAAAUAGGAUUAGCGGAGAAUCAAUGGUCCUGCGACUGCCAUUACGUGCAAAAGUUCAAGGGCUGGUUUAAGGCGAACCAUGGAAAGGUCCUCGAUGCGGGUAAAAUCGUGUGUAUGUUCAAUAAUAUAACGAAAGCUGUGGGCCCCCACAUGGCGGAUUUUAACGCGACGGCUUGCGCCGCCUACACCGGCGGAACCCGCGCCAUCGUCGAAACCCAAGUCAUGAACGACUACCUGCCCUUGCUGCUCGUGACGAUGUGCGUCUUCCUCGCCAGCGUCGUCAUCGUCUGCGGGGCCUUCUACUACCGCCGGGAAUUACGAGUGUGGAUCUACUCCCGGUGCGGCCUGCGAAUGUGCUACAAAACCACCGCGUUCGAGGAGCAGCAGGACAAGGACCGCCUCUUCGACGCCUACGUGAGCUACAGCGUGAAGGACGAGGCGUUCGUCAGUCAGGUCCUGGCGCCGGGGCUCGAGUCCGGCGACCCGGGGUACCGGCUGUGCUUGCACUACCGGGACUUCAACGUGUCCGCUUACGUCGCCGACACCAUCAUCGAGGCCGUGGAGUCGUCCCGCCGCACCAUCAUCGUCCUCUCCAAGAACUUCCUCCACAACGAGUGGUGCCGGUUCGAGUUCAAGUCCGCCCUGCACGAGGUGCUCAAGGACCGGCGCCGCCGCCUCAUCUUCGUGGUGAGCGGCGAACUGCCGCAGCGCGACCUCGACCCCGACCUGCGGCUCUACCUCAAGACCAACACCGUCGUCGAGUGGGGCGACCGCCAGUUCUGGCAGAAGCUGCAGUUCGCCAUGCCCGACGCCCGCCGCCCUUGCGUGCACCAGAGGUCCGCCAACAUCUACGCCACGGCGGCGCCCUCGCACAUAGAGCGGUCCCGCAGCCCGGUGCUGCCGCCGCCGCCGCCGCCGGGGAAGUUGCCGCCGUUCCUCCACCACCCCGCCAGCCUGCCGAGAGACGGACGCACGAUGCCGCAUCCUCUGUGGGCGUAGCGGACGUUCAGCCGCAGUGAUCGACAACUCCAGCGUACGUUCUUGACGAAUUAAAAACUGAGAUGGACGGUCCUUCCUUGGCUACGAGGUGACUGUGAUUGUGAUAUUUUUGUGAACUUUGAGUAUUCUAAAUAGAUUAUAUCCAUUCGGACGGAUGGAUACGUUUCUAGUUAAUUAUUGUUGUUAUUUAUAAUUUAUGAAAAUGGACUGAAACAGUUUGAAACGAAUUUAACUGAGAAAUUUAUAAAUUCGGUCUUGAUAUAUCAAUGUUCUUUACAUACUGCUUCAUGAGCUUAUUAUUAAUAGGUGUUCUAAAAAAAAUCUGAUGUAUAAUAUUUCAUAGUUUGAAGAGCAGUGACAGUCGUUUGUUUUGUCGACCAUUUAGUAAUGUAUUAUUCACUUUAAACGGGUUUUACUUUAUUUAAUACGCCAUUUGUUUGCCGCGUAAUACAGAAAGGUUGUGAUUUAUGUAUUUCCUACACAAGGACUUGUUAUUAGUAUUUUAUAAACGGUAUCCACAACGAUAUUGAUAGACUUAAGUAUCUUGAUUGGACCAGCCAACAUUUGAUCGUUCCGUUUUGGUCAAACACCAAUCAAUAUUCGAACCACCAAAUAUUAAUGGUUAUUUUUUAUUAUGGUAUUGUGCCGCUGGAAACGAAACGAUCACGUGACGGGCGUCCAUGAUUUACGAUUCCUAACUUAAUAUAUUGUAAUAUUAUUGACUGUAUAUACUGUGUAUAAAUAAUUUAAAAGUAUAUUUUGAUCAGAAAUCCCAAAGCACACUAUGUAAAUAGCAUUAUUAUUUGCUUAUUCGAGACGUAACUCAAAUACAAAUAAAAUUAUUUAAUUUUAAACCCACGA